AUGGAGUUCAUAGGUGUUGGAUGGAUUAGUUUGAGCAAUGAUCCUAUGCCUCCAAGGCUUGAUUCUCACUGGCUAACCCCCUGUGUAUGCGAACUCGAUCGAGUCGGAACAACAGAAGACUUGGUCGAGCUAGAUUUCACCACGGGUAGAAAGAGAAGUCAGAGAACUCAGAGGGUACAAGAGGAACCUGAGGUGCUUGUUACUGAUACCAUGGAUGUACCAGAGGGGAAUGGAAACCCUUUGGGUAAUGGACUCGGUCGAGCUAGGCAAACUCGACCGAUUGGUCUAGGAGAUGCUCCAAACCGCCAUCAACAAGAGACAAGGGAUUGUUCCACCACCUGCAGAACCACAACUUUGAGAUCAAGCUGGGAAUGA